AUGGUCAAGUUAACCCAAAUCGACGACGAAACCGCCAACACUUUCGAACAGCCAUCCCAGGCCACCCAAGAAAAGAAACAAGAAGAAAUCUACAGUGAAUCUGAUGAAUCUGAUUCUGAUUCUGAAAUAGAUGAUGACGACUUUGACUAUGAAAAUGAAACUUUGUAUGACAGAGUUGUUGCCUUAAAAGAUAUCAUUCCACCACAACAAAGAACUCAAAUUGCCUCUGUAGUUGACACUGCCAAGUCCUUGCUUUCUAUUGGUGCCAACAAGUCUGGUAACUUAUUGUGGACUUUGACCUCUUCUGCCUUAUUGUUGGGUGUCCCAUUAUCUUUAGCUAUUUUAGCUGAAACUCAGUUGCAAGAAAUGGAAAAGGAAAUGCAAUUGCAACAAUCUGCUCAGGAUGUUUUAGCUCCAGGUUCUGAAAAUGCUUUCCAAAAGGAAUUACCAAAGGCUUAG